AUGCGCGGCGUCUUGUUUUUUUCUGCCUCUUCCCUUCUUCUCCAUUCGUUCGUCUCCGUUUCGGCGGCUCCGCUCGACUCUUGCGCGCGCAUCGAUUCGUGCGCCGCGUGCGUGAACAACGCCACCGACGGCUUCGGCUUCCGGUGCCAAUGGUGCGCGACGAGCGGCUCUUGCGCGUCGGAGAAGGCGUCGAGUGUGUGCCACGUGGACGACAUGACCCUCGACGAGUACAAUUGCCCGGCGGACGUCUCCAAUCUUAGGUGAGUGCCAGAUUACACAUCACACUAGACCACCGUCUAUUCACGACAAUGUAUCUCAGUUGUCGGUAGGGAUAUCAAAAAGUUGUCAACAGAUAAAAUGUGCACAAUGAAUUUCUGAACAAUCUAUCAGUUGGCCGUUUUCGAAUAUCUCAACCGGCAGCAGAGAUAUACCACAGUAUUUACGGCGAGAAGUCUCUUUCCAGGUACGACGAACAAUUCAUGCGCCAAACUGUCCUUCCGUUAAUCGCCGCCACAAAUUCACCCGAUUCGCAGAAGCUCGCUCAAUCUCUGGACACGUGUUUCGGCGAUGAAAUUCAAGUGAUCAACACUUAUGAAAUCUUCUGUGAUAACACGAACAUUGUGAGUUUUGCCUGAACUUUUGACCCAAACUUUAUACAGGUUUCUUGGCCCAAAUUUCGGACCGAUCUAGUUCAGAUAUAGAUCUCUCUCUCUCUCGUAUCCUGCUAUUCUAGACCACGUGCUUCGCGUACAGCGCCUUCCUGCCACGUCACAAUGCGAUGGCGUUGGUGUUCCGCGGCACGACGACGCUCUUCCAGUUCAUCGACGAGGGCAUCUCGUUCUUUCUCCACCAAAAAGUGCAGUUCAAAGUGACGAACGGCGUCGUCGACGAGUAUUAUCUCAACGCGUUUUACGCGCUCUGGGAGAGCGGAAUGCGCGACGACGUCGAGACGGUUCUCGAGGAGCGCGAAGACGACGUCAAGCUGUGGUUCUUCGGACAUUCUCUGGGCGGCGGUCUCGCUUCCAUCGCGUCCGUUUACGUGGCGAACAAGUAUGCGGUGGAGGGGACGAGAAGCAAACUGGUGACGUUCGGAAUGCCGCGAAUCGGCGACAUUGAGUUGGCACAAGCGCACGAUCGACUGGUGCCCGAUUCGUGGAGGAUCGAGCACAGCAAAGAUCCGAUUCCGGCGCUUCCGCCGAGAACUUUCCCGGACUCGAUCGACAAAGGAUCGUUUCAUCACAAAUCAGAGGUAAACGUCAAGAAAAUACCAUUCAUCAAUGACCUCUUCAGAUUUGGUACCCACUCGGAAUGGGCGUCGGCGCCUCGUUCGAGAUCGGAACGCGUCCGGACACGACCGUCGGAAGGAGUGUGUUCCCGCUCAACAUCGAAGAUCAUCUCACCUAUUUCGACACGCGUCUGGAGACGUGGCAUGUCAAAGGAUGCAAAACAUUGUCAUAA